CAGCACGCCCUCGAAGCCACCAAGAACUGGCCCAAAGCCCAACGCGUAGGACAAAAAAAAUCUGCUAGAACCAAAACAACAACGAGAUUGCAGUCCGACAGACGGGCACAAUCCCAGAAUGCAGCAACCAAUCAGAAAAGUCAGAUUUCAGAAGCAAGAAGUCACUACACCUAGGAUUUAAUCCCCCAAAGUAUCAUCGCAGCGAGCCAGCCUCCGCCUCGCAGUCGACGCCGCGGCGAAAUGCGGCGACCUAACGACGCCGGCAGCGGUGGCGACCCGGGCGACCGGAUGCGCAACGACGAUCCCGCCGAGUCAUCCCGCGCGUUCGACGACGGUGGCGACGACGACCCUCAGCAGCCCACGCCGACGCGGGCCUCCUCCGGCGACUCGCUGUGGCAGUGGCGGAGCCAGGGCCUCUCCGAGGUGGUGCUCUCGUGGUCGGUGGACCAAAUCCUCAACAAGGACCUACUCCGCAACAAGGUGUCCAAGAUCCCAGAGACAUUUAACAGCAUGGAGCAGUACAUGACAUCGUUUUUCGGGCCACUUCUAGAGGAGGUCCGGGAUGAUAUGUCUUCAAGCAUGGAGGUCAUCUCUGGAGCUCCAUAUGCAAAAGUGCUAUCAGUCAAUGCAGUGAAAAAGGGGAAAGGACUGUAUGAGAUCAAGCUCGACAGAUGGAUGGGGGUGUCUGGUUCUGGGACUGAUGGAUAUAGGCCGAAAGCAGCAGAUGUGCUACUUAUUUCAGAAACAAGACCAGCAAAUAAAUCUGAUAUUCUCAAACAGUCCAAAUCCUGUGUCAUCGUAUGGAUUAAUAAGGUCCAGGGCAAUAAGAUGACCGUAAAGGCAUCACGAUGGAUGGAGACUGGGGCUGAUGGAGAUGAACGGCAGCAAAUGGGUGUUAACAAGUAUGAGAAGUUGUACACUGAAGAGUUGGAUAAGUCAUGGGAGAUACUGGAUCAAGAAGCAACGGCUCUGAAAUCCAGAAACUCAUCUAUCAAUGAAGAAAUCAGAAAAGAACCACCAAAAGGUAGAAAGCCCCUUGAAAAGUGUAGUGAUCUGAAGGAACUAAAUGAAACAGGGAUGUGUGGAAAUUCGUCAAGACGAUGGUCCUUCUAUGCUAUGCACCUAACUAAUAUGGUAACAUAUGAUCGUGUUUGGGUUGUGCUCCGAAGGGGGCUGACAAUGGAUACAAAAGUCAUUCUGAACAUGCUGGGCAAAAACAAUAAUGCUAUUAGGCAUUGUAACUACUGCAGCAAUAAAUCACAUGAGGAAAUCAAGGAUGAACUCUGCAAUUUUAAGCUGAAUGUCUCACAGCUUAAUGCAAUAGCAAGUUGUAUUUCAGCAAGUAAUUGUUGUCAUAGAUCUUCUGUGGGGCUAGUUUGGGGCCCACCUGGCACAGGUAAAACUACAACACUUGCAGUAACAUUACACAUGCUUCUGAUGAAGAAACAGAGAAUUCUUGCGUGUGCUCCAACCAACAUGGCUGUCUUGCAAGUAGCUUCUCGUCUUAUUGGGUUGAUUGAGGACUUCUCUCUAAGCCAUCAUUACUCCUUUGGUGACAUCAUUUUAUAUGGCAACAAGGACCGUCUGCACAUUGGCAAGGAGUUGUCAAAAAUAUAUUUGGAUGAUCGUGUCAAGAAGUUGCUGAGGUGCUUUAACCGAGAAGUUGGGUGGAAGCAUUGCGUGGAUUCUGUCCUAAAAUUCCUAAAACAUUGCACUUCUAGGUACAAACUGUCCCUAGAUAUACAAGCAAGCAGUGAUGAAUGCAGCCCUACUUUUAAAAAGUAUUUUACAAGUAACUUCAGCAGUUUAGCAAAAGAAUUGGUAGCUUGUAUUGAUACAUUCUUCAACCAUCUUCCAGCGGAUACCCUAGGCAAGAACUUUGACAAGAUGAUGUUUGUGAAAAGUUUGGUACAUAAAGUGCAGCAGUUAUUCUGUGCAGAUGAUCUCUCUGAUGAUGAUCUUUUUACAAUCUUCAAGCCCUCCGAUGAACUUUCUGACCCUUCUAUUGGUCAUCAUGACCUGACAGAUGAUGCAACCGAGGAUCUUCCUGACCAUGACAUCUCUCUAGAUAACCCUUCGGAGAUAAACUCUAUAUGUAUUAAAACCCUGAUGGAUCUUUCAAAAAUGCGGUUUCCUUGUGAAGAGAAUGAAUCUUCAGUCAGGGACUUGUGUUUGAAGCAAGCAAAACUCAUAUUUUGCACUGCUUCUGGUUCGUUUGAGUUGUUCAGGCUGCAAGGUGUGAUGCCUAUAAGCAUCUUGGUUGUUGACGAGGCAGCACAGCUAAAAGAAUCUGAAUCGCUGGUUCCUCUCUUGCUUCCAGGAAUAGAACAUGUUUUACUAAUUGGGGAUGAAAACCAGCUAUCAUCAUUGGUAAAGAGCAAGAUUGCUAAAGAUGCUGACUUUGGCCGAAGCCUCUACGAGAGAUUGUGUACAAUGGGUUACACCAAGCACUUGCUGGAAGUACAAUAUAGAAUGCACCCUUGCAUUAAUAAAUUUCCGAAUGCCAACUUUUAUGGUAACCGAAUUUUGGAUGGUCCCAGUGUCAAACAGAAAGAUUAUACCAAGAAUUAUCUCUCUGGAAGUAUUUAUGGUGCUUAUUCAUUCAUUCAUAUUGAAAAUGAUAUGGAAAUGCUUGAUGACCUUGGCCAGAGUUUGAAAAAUAUGGUUGAGGUUGCUGUAGCAGCCAAUAUCAUCGAAAGACUUGCGAAAGAAUGCUGGGAGAAGAGGCAGAGAACCAGUGUUGGUGUAAUAUCUCCGUAUACUGCCCAAGUGAUUGCAAUGCAAGAAAGAAUUGGAAGAAAGUUUGAGAAACAUGAGUUUCUGUCUGUUACAGUAAAAUCUAUCGAUGGAUUUCAAGGUGGUGAGGAAGACAUAAUAUUAAUUUCAACAGUUAGGUCCAACAAAGAUGGGAAAGUAGGUUUUCUCUCUGAUGCUGGAAGAAUUAAUGUGGCUUUGACAAGAGCAAAGCACUGCCUUUGGAUCCUUGGAAAUGGAGUCACUUUGCUUGCAAGCAAUUCAGUAUGGGCAGAAUUAGUCAAUGAUUCGAAAAAACGUGGAUGUUUCUUUGAUGCUCUCAAGGACAAGCAUUUAGCAGAAACAAUGAGGCUUGCAAUCAAGAGAAAUGGCCGCACAAUUGAUGCAGCUGGAGUGUCAUCAUGGUCAUUAAGGGCAAGGGGUGGUUCAACCAUAGCUGGCAACAGCCUGCCGAUAAGACAGAGUCAGAUUCCAGGUUCUGGUGGUGCACGGAGCAUAAAUAAUUGUUAUAAUUGGCAACCAAAUGACCAUGAUUUGCGACCAAAUUCUUGUCACCCAAACAGACCUAUUUUUGUACCUUCCAGAGAGGACAUUCACAGAACACACUUUCAGCAGCACAGAAGAACCUUUUAUGGCGGUGACUACAAUAAUCAAUCACGAGGUAUCCCUGCUGAUCAAUACUGGCCCAACAGGUACAGACCUUCCUGUGACAAACGUGGUGCUCCUGAAGGGUUUAGAGGACAUGUUGAGCGGCAUCCCGGGCAGCACUAUCAUAGCAGAACUGAUCAAGAACCCUUGUGCAGUACUUCUCAAACAGCCAAUGGCAGGCUUACUCCUGGAUCAGUUUGGAGGGCAGAAUCACACAACCAAACUAGUAUUCUUGGUACAUGGCAGCAACCUUCAGGAGGUCACUGCAGCAGGGACUUUCAGAACAGGACUGGUUAUCCGUUACGGCCAGCUUCUUCGCAAAGAAGGUUCAGUUCAUAUGGAAAUGCUGAUCCUCACCUUUGGAGUAUGAACAAAGAGAAGCGGCUCGGGAAUCAUCCACGAAGAGCACCAUGCACAUACAGGGGACAAGCACCCCACCAGGGAGUUGGUGCCCGAGUUAGAGACGUGCCUUCAUUUCAUGAGAGAGCAACUAGGGGUGUCCGGCAUGAGCAUGCCAAUAACAAUCGGAUGAAAGAACCUCAUUGUUGGGGGCAGAAUAGCAGUUCUGAAGCUGUGUCCCAUGAUUUGCCAGUUGCUGAGCAACGAGGGGUGAAAAGAGACUGGCGCAAGGCAGAAGCGUCAGAUUCACCUCACCAAGACAACACAAAAAUAAGACUUGCUGUCGAGAGUGCAGAUGUACCUCACUGUGAAGCGCAGGAUGGCAGCUCUGGAGCUGCAUCCCAGAGACUUGCAGUUCCUGAGCAGCCUGAACUAGAGGGAUGUAAACCAGAAUCAUCAUAUUCACCCCGGCAGGACAACACACUAGUGAGGCCCGAAAGUUCAGAUCAACCGCAUGGUAAGCCGCAGGAUACCAGUGCCGGAGCCGCUCCCUAUGAAUUGCCGGCUCCUGAUCAGCCUGAGAUGAAACGAGAGGAGUUUGAAGCAGAACCGCCAGUUUCAUCCCGCCAGGACAACACAGAAGCAAGCCCCGAAAGUUUAGAUGAACCGCAUUGUCAGUUAGAGGACACCUGUUCUGGAGCCGCUACCCCCCCCAACUGCCUGUUCCUGAGCUGGGACGCAUGGGUAUAGACUUGUGCGAAGCAGAGGCAACCAUUAUACCUGACAUUAACAUACCACUUGAAUUGCCUGCUCCUGAUCAGCCUGAGAUGAAACAAGAUGAGUGUGAAGCUGAACUGCCGGUUUCAUCCCGCCAGGACAACACAGAAGCAAGCCCUAAAAGUUUAGAUGAACCGCAUUGUCAGUCAGAGGAGACCUGUUCUGGAGCCGCUACCCCCCAACCUCCUGUGCCUGAGCUGGGACGCAUGGACAUAGACUCCUGAAGCAGACGCAACCGUUAUACCUGACAUUAACAUACCACUGGAGAGCGUAGAACCACAUAACUAGAUAGACUCUGAAGUUUCAUAUAUGCUGCCUGUCCUAUAUUUUUUGCUGUGUAUAGGCUAGUCAUAUCUUCUUCCCUUCUCAUCUAUAUUGCCAAAAGGAUAACUAGUAUAAAUGCAGCGUUAUUGUUUGUGUAGAUAGAUAGUUUGAUGGCUGUGGUGGGCAGGCCGGAAACCUACUUGAAUUUUUUGUUUGUAGCCGGAGAAACAAGAGUGACUGAGUUUCAGGGCGGACUAUUUGACUUGUGA